AUGCAUGGUCUCCUUCGAAACCCAACAUUGCUCUGGAUUCCCACUACAAAUGGCAUCAUCAACCGUCGCUUUUUCCGAUCAGAACCCCAAAGCUAUGCUGAACUCAUUGAUAUAUACGCUCGCGAUCGAGCGUUGCACCUUGGCAAGAAGCUUCACGCGCACUUAAUCACUAACGGUUUCUCUCGUUUCAACGUGAUUGCUUCUAACCUCGUAGCUCUCUACGCGUGCUGUGGCCAACUCUCCCAUGCGCGAAAACUGUUCGACAAAAUUCCCACAACAAAUGUUCGCCGCUGGAUCGCCCUCAUUGGCACGUGCGCUCGCUGCGGCUUUUACGAUCACGCGCUCGCGGUGUUUUCUGAGAUGCAAGCCGUUCAAGGUCUUACGCCCAACUACGUAUUCGUCAUCCCCAGCGUUCUCAAAGCAUGCGGCCAUGUUGGGGAUCGAAUAAUCGGAGAGAAAACGCAUGGCUUAAUUUUGAAAUGUUCGUUCGAACUUGAUUCUUUUGUGUCCAGUUCUUUGAUUGUUAUGUACUUCAAGUGUGCGAAAGUUGAGGACGCCCGCAAGGUAUUUGAUCGGAUGGUUGUGAAAGACACGGUGGCUCUAAAUGCUGUUGUUGCUGGGUAUGUUCAACAGGGUGCUGCAAAUGAGGCAUUGGCUUUGGUGGAAAGUAUGAAGUCGAUGGGUUUGAAUUCAAAUGUGGUAACUUGGAACUCUUUGAUAUCUGGGUUUUCGCAAAAGGGUGACCAAGGAAUGGUGUCUGAGAUUUUUAGGCUGAUGAUCGCAGAUGGGUUGGAACCUGAUGUGGUAUCAUGGACUUCUGUUAUAUCUGGUUUCGUGCAGAACUUUCGUAAUAAGGAGGCAUUUGAUGCGUUUAAGCAAAUGCUGAGUUACGGGUUUAGACCAACUUCAGCUACUAUAAGCACCCUCUUGCCUGCUUGUGCUACUGCAGCCAGAGUUAGGAUUGGGAGAGAGAUACAUGGAUACGCUAUGGUAACUGGGGUGGAGGGAGAUAUAUAUGUAAGGAGUGCUCUUGUUGACAUGUAUGCAAAAUGUGGGUUCAUUUCUGAAGCAAGAUGUUUGUUUAGUAGGAUGGCUGAGAAGAACACGGUUUCUUGGAACUCAAUAAUUUUUGGUUUUGCGAAUCAUGGGUAUUGCGAGGAAGCUAUUGAGCUCUUCAAUCAGAUGGAGCAGGAAGGGGCAGCAAAACUGGAUCAUUUAACUUUCACGGCAGUUCUUACUGCAUGCAGUCAUGUUGGAGAUAUUGAACUUGGGCAGAGGCUGUUCAAGAUUAUGCAUGAAAAAUACGGUAUUGAGCCACGGCUGGAGCAUUAUGCGUGCAUGGUAGAUCUUCUUGGUCGAGCAGGGAAACUUGAUGAAGCUUAUUGCAUGAUUAAGGCAAUGCCUAUUGAACCCGAUUUGUUUGUGUGGGGUGCAUUACUGGCUGGUUGUAGAAAUCAUGGGCACACGGAGCUUGCGGAAGUGGCUGCUAUGCAUUUGAUGAAAUUAGAGCCCGAAAGUGCUGCAAACCGUCUUCUUUUGUCUAGCUUAUAUGCUGAUGUAGGCAAAUGGGGAAAGGUUGAGAGGAUCAAGAAAAGGAUAAAGAAGGGAAAACUCAGAAAACUUCAAGGUUUGAGUUGGAUAGAUAAUUUAACAUUAUAG